AGGGGCGUGUGUGUGUGUGUGUGUGUGUGAGUGUGUGCGCGCGCGCGAGCGUGUGCGACCGGGGAGCUGAGCCCGAGCAGGACCCGUGGCCGGAGCAGCCAUGCUUCCCGGGGUGGGCGUGUUCGGCACCAGCCUCACGGCCCGUGUCAUCAUCCCGCUGCUCAAAGACGAGGGCUUCGCGGUGAAGGCGCUGUGGGGCCGCACGCAGGAGGAAGCGGAGGAGCUGGCCAAGGAGAUGAGCGUCCCCUUCUACACCAGCCGCAUUGACGAGGUGCUGCUGCACCAGGACGUGGACCUGGUGUGCAUCAACCUGCCGCCGCCCCUCACCAGGCAGAUCGCGGUCAAAACCCUGGGCAUCGGCAAGAACGUGAUCUGCGACCGCACGGCCACGCCGCUGGACGCCUUCCGCAUGAUGUCGGCCGCGCACUACUACCCCAAGCUCAUGAGCAUCAUGGGCAACGUGCUGCGCUUCCUGCCCGCCUUCGUGCGCAUGAAGCAGCUCAUCGAGGAGGGCUACGUGGGCGAGCUGCAGGUGUGCGAGGUGCAGGUGCACAGCGGCAGCCUGCUGGGCAAGAAGUACAACUGGAGCUGCGACGACCUGAUGGGCGGCGGCGGGCUGCACUCGGUGGGCACCUACAUCAUCGACCUGCUCACCUUCCUCACCGGCCAGAAGGCCGUCAAGGUGCACGGGCUGCUCAAGACCUUCGUGAAGCAGACGGACCACAUCAAGGGCAUCCGGCAGAUCACCAGCGACGACUUCUGCACCUUCCAGAUGGUGCUGGAGGGCGGCGUGUGCUGCACGGUCACCCUCAACUUCAACGUGCCCGGCGACUUCAAGCAGGACGUGACGGUGGUGGGCUCGGCCGGGCGCCUGCUGGCGGCGGGCACCGACCUGUACGGGCAGCGCAACGGCGCGGCGGCGCAGGAGCUGCUGCUGCAGGACGCCACGCCCGUGAGCAACGCCCUGCUGCCCGAGAAGGCCUUCAGCGACAUCCCGUCGCCCUACCUGCGCGGCACCAUCAAGAUGAUGCAGGCCGUGCGCCAGGCCUUCCAGGACCAGGACGACCGGCGCACGUGGGACGGGCGGCCGCUGACCAUGGCCGCCACCUUCGACGACUGCCUGUACGCCCUGUGCGUGGUGGACACCAUCAAGAGGUCCAGCCAGACCGGCGAGUGGCAGAACAUCGCCGUCAUGACCGAGGAGCCCGAGCUGAGCCCCGCUUACCUCAUCAGCGAGGCCAUGCGCCGCAGCAGGAUGUCCCUGUACUGUUAGCACCUGUCGGGGGGCGGGAGGCCUGGGCCCGGGGCCCGGAGAGGGUGGAGGCUGCUGCAGAGGCGGCCCGGGCUGUGCGGGGCGCAGAGGUGGGGGGCGGCAUCCGACAAUGGGUGAGGGGCACCCAGUAAGACUGCUGGCAGGGUGAGCUCAACCUCAACCUCAACGGCCACCCCCCCGGAGGGGGGCAGGAUGCAGGGGGGCCUGCUGGGCGUUUGCAUGAAGGGGAGGAGGCCUAGCAGCUCCUGCUGCCCGCUGCCAAGGGAAGCAGGGAGGGGUUGGUGUCUCCCCCAUCUCAUCCGCCCCGACCCCUCGGCCUCCUUGGCAGGCUGAGGGCCCCUGCCAUGCAAUGGCAAGCGGAGCGGGUGCAGGCUUUCCACCCCCUGCGCCCGCCCCUGGCAGGAGAAGGCGCCUCCUUGGAUGUCCACGGAAGCCUGUUGGUCUGGGGAGAGGCGGGGGUGCAGCGGGCCGAGGAGAGAGCUCGACGUCCAGGAAGCCACUCCAGAUGUCUCCAGGAGAAAGCCCUUGGUAGCGCAGUGUACAGCGAUCUUGAUCGAUUGGUGUUGCUCAUAGGAAGCGGGUGGGGGAGCGUCUUCCUAAGUGGUUCGGUGCCCUCGGCCUGGCCUGCCAUGGGGUAAGGGAGUGCCAGGAAUAGCAAGCGGAGCAGGGCACCAGCCUUCUGGCUGCAGACAGAGGAGGCGGAGAAUAAAAUAGCCCUUGGGAUUUGGCAACAGUCCAAAAAUUGCAAGGAGCCACCUUAUGCUACUACUUCGGGUGGGGUGGCACUGAGGGCAGGGGAUGGGGCACUGAAAUGUCCGUUCACGUGGCUCUCCAGCAGGGUCGGGGCCCAGCAGGAGUGGGUCUGAGCACCAGUGCGCAGGCUGGGCUGGGGGCCCCAGGAAGGUGAGCCCGCCCUGGACGGGCUUUGGGCUCUGACACCUGUGUCUCCUACCAAACCGAUAAAGGACUUUUAGGAGAUUCACCUAGCUUUGUGGAUUUAAAAGGGAAGCCUUCGGUUCCAGGCAGGGAGAAUCUUUUUCUCUUUAAGAAAAAAAAAAAAAAAAAAAGUCAAGGCUCUUUUCCUUAGCUUUGACCUACCUUAGCUUUCAAGAUGCUGACACCUGCAAGCUUUUGAAUAGGUAUUAAACAAAAGGACAACCAGGAACAUAAUUUUCAGUGUUUCUCAUGGGGGGUUUUAAAGCCCUCGGAGGUGUAUCUUCAUGUAGGGCCGAGAAUGUUAAUGUGGGGGGGAAAAAAACCCAUGGUCUUCCUUUCCUUGGUUUCUUUGUCUCUUGUCUUGUCCCUCUCUGCUUAGAGAGAGCUCUUAGUGGAGGUGGUAGCCUGCAGGCUUGGAGGGGGCAGUUCCAAAGGGAGGAAUUGGAGCUACACACACGCGCACACACACGCACACUGCACACACACACCCCUAAGCGGUCGUCGGCGCUCACCACCAAGUGUCACUGCAAUUCAGCCCUUUCUUGAAAGGGACACCGAGUCAAACAUUUUGAAAGUGGGGGACUAACCUUUUCUUAGUCCUUCAUCCCCCGUUAGCCCUUCGCCAGGGUCGGAUGUGGAGACCGUGACUUGUAAGUCUCCAUAGCUUUUGUUCCCAGGUCACAGAAGUCCAACAGUGGUCUUUGGCUCACAAUUGAGGUUACAGAGUCCUUUCAGAUGACUGGCGGUAGAACUGGAAGGGAAUUUAAGGGGCCAUGAGGACCUUCCCCCCCACCCCCAAGGCUCUGAGGAGUCAGAAUCUGAGAAUGAACAGAAGGGUCCGUUGUAGCCUCCAUCCUCCUCCCUGGCUGCCCCUGGGUGCAGGGUGGGCAUGUCCACAAGCACCACGGGAUUGCUGGUCAUUUUCUAGCACAGAGGAGGAGGGGUUGCCUUCCCAGAAAAAGUCACCCCACUUCCUGGGGGCCUUGCUGCAGCCUGGCUAGGUUAGCCAGCUGAAACUCUCCCCGGUACCUUAUGGGCCCUAACGUCACGAGUUCGUGAUGAGCGUGCUGCCUCUUGCAGGUGUCAUUUCAAAACUAGAGAUUUGGUGGAAUGAAUGAGUUUCAAUAAUAGUGUGAGCAGAGGGCCAUGUGGUGGGCUGCUUUGUUUCAGGUUCUCCUAAAUAGCCCCCUGGAUAAAUAACUUUUGUAGAAACAGUAGAAAUAAUUUUUUUUUUUCUAUUUAGCCCACAAGGCUGUGAUGAAGGACGAAGGGAAAGGAAACUAGAUGACUCUGUGGGUCCCAUUUUUCUAAGUUGUUUGUAAUAUAAGUAGGCAUAUUCCGGAGGUUUCGAUUAUAUGUUUCUAUGCUUAACCAAAAGAUUUGGGAAGUGUUUUUUUCUUCCAAAGGCCUCUGAGUUCUGUGAUAAAUGUUCAGUGUCUAAAACAAAAAUUGUCAUUUGAGGCUAGGGUAUAUAGAGAGAAACUAUAUUCUUUAAAAGAAGCAUGAGAAAUAUUUUAGUAAGCAUACUCAAAUUUUAUCUACUGAAAUGCAUGUCGUAGGUAGAUGCAGGAAGAAGAGGAAGAGAAGACCUAGGUAGUUCAUUUUUUAAAUGCAAGAAUUCUAGGAAAUUAAGAUACUUCCUUAGUGCGCCUUUUGCCCCUUUACUACCACUUGCAAAGCCUUGAUUGGUAGCCACAAUGGGAAGCUGUGAUCUCAAGCUCUCAACAAAGCCUACGGGGGCAAGGCCCAGCACCUCAUGGUGUGCUGUGGGGUCUGGGUGCCACCAGGUGACUUUGACCCAGGACGAGGCCCCUCUGGUUACUGUGUUUCAAAGACCCCAUGUAAGGGAGGUACCGCUGCAAGGCCUUCAUAUUUAGUCACUGUUGCUUGGUUUGCAGCCAUCAUUGUGUAGAUGCUUCUGGUCUUGGAAAUUUGGGCUCAUGCUACUGUUUGCUCACGCUACUGGUACAGAGAGGGUGGAGGUCAGUGGUGCUUACCUGGUAUUCACAAGUGUUUGGAAUGAUCUGGGCUUACAUGGAAAGUUUGGAUUCUCUUGAGUUUUCUUCUGCAGAAAGAGUCCAUGACCACUGCCAGCUCUUCUAUGACUUCUCCUCUCCAUGGGAGAGACGUUGCAGGUACCACGCAUACUCCUUACCUACCUGGUGGCAAGUAUCUGUAUGUCAGGUGUAUCUGGACCUUCCUUCUAGGGGCAGUCUCGGCUGACUCCACUUCAAGAUGAGCUUUACCCGGACCCUUUCGAGAGCCAUCCAGUACUCGCUGUGUGCCCACAUUUCUUGAUCACCCAGUGUGUGUAGGGUAUUUUAGAUAAAUUAUCUCAUUUAACCCCCAAUGCCACCCUGUGGUAUUGGGUAUUGUUAUUCCCAUGAUACACAUGAGAAAAUCGGGGUUCUUCUGGGAAGAAUAACUUGCCCCAAGUCACACAGCUGUUAAGCAGAAGUGGAGUCACCCGAAUCCAAAACUUUUCUUCUCCAAACCACGUUAGCCUCCCAAGAAGAUAGAUUUGUUCACUCCUUAUUGAACCCCCCGGGGGCGGGGUGGGAGCCGCUCCUCUCAUGUCCCGUGGAGCAUCCGUGAUUCGCAGUGCCUGGGACCGGGACCGGGACCUGCACCUGCACGGGGCUCAGCUCCCCUGCCAUCCGCGCCCUCCUGUUGAGCAGGAUGCCACAUUUGAUGUUCUGCUAGAAGGUUCCUUAUAGAGCUGCAAAUAGAAGCAGUCGAUUCUUCUUCCCUUUCCAAAAUGGAAAUUGCACUCAGCGUCUUUUAAAAUUGACUUUCCUAAGUUGAUUUUGAUUGUGAUGCAGCAAACCGCAGGGUUGGGGAUUUGCAGGACAUCAUUGGCCCGCUCUUAGAGGUGGCCUUGGAUUUUGCUCUGGGUGGUCUAAUACAGGAAAACAUCUUCUCAGGGAGUGGGGCUUUUAAAUUUCAUUUGUCUGUGACACCGAUUUUACCUGUGCAUUGCAUUCAUACCUCUGCGCUCUCUCAACUCUCUUCAUCUUGUCUCCUAGCCCCUAGCCCAGCUGUCGAAUUUGAGCUGGGUCAUAAAGCAGGUCUCGGAUGGCAUCGCUUUUAUUCUGGUGGGUAUGGAGGGAAAUUUCAGCAUGCUGGGGAGACAUCCCAGGGAGAAAGUAGCUCCGGUUGCAUCCGAAGGGACUUCUGAGCCUAGUGUCUUCACACCCUUUAUUUUUCAUCCCAGAGACUGAUGGCGGAGGUCAACACGUUCCUUAGGGUUAGAACCAGGCCUGGAAGGUCCCAUCCUGCUGUACAUGGCACCUUCAGAGCUCUCAGAUGGGUUAGGGAGGCAGAGAGGUGAAGUGACUUGUCUGAAGUCCCAUGGCUAGUUGGUGGAGGCGUCGAGAUUAGGACUCAGACCUGCUACCGGCUGUAUUCCCUGAGCUCCCGCAUUUUUUAGCAACUCAGUUAUGUCUUGAAUGUACUCAGAAGCUAGCUGGUUUUGGUGUUCCCUGGAGACUGUAAUGGGAACAGUUAUCUGUAGUUUGUAUUGUACUUGGCAAGGACGAGGGACACACAUUUAGAUGCCCAUCUUUGAGAUUUCCUAAGGCCAGCUCUGCUUAGUGCCCCCACCCACCCACUCCUCUCCUAGAUACAGAUCCAGGCCUUGGCUGGCUUAUGAUGCCUGCCCCACCUGCUGCCUCCUUUUUUGGCCAUUAAAGCUCUGAAGUCUGCAGGGCAGAGGCCAGGACACUGGGGAGCUCAUUAAGAAGUUAUCAGAGCCCCACAUUUCAGUUUUGAGGACAGGGAGGAGGGCAGUGACAGGACAGCUGUCUGUGUCUGCAGCGUGGCGUCCUGACAGGCAGCUGGCACGCCCCACCUGGCCUGCCCUACCCUGGGCAGAGGAACAGGCUGGUGGCAGUGCUCGGAGUCUCAGGGACAGCCUGACUGAGUCAGGCUCCCAGAACUUCCCACGGGAGGGGCGAAGGCCUCCCAUGCUGCUGCCAUCAGAGGUGAUGGGCUCAGUGGUCUCGGAGUCUGGAGGUGAGGCCAGAAUCAUACCUGAGUGACCACAUUGGUUAGCAGUGGAAGGCGGUGGUGUACUGACCUUUCUCAUCCUCGAGUCACAGUCCUUCUUUGCUGGAGCCCUGGAGGGAGCCACUGAAGCAUCUCACUCUCAGUCUGGCUACUGAACUGUUGCACUACUGAAUACUCCUAAAUCUGUUGUACUCUUUUUCUGUUUAAACCAGCAGUGAGUAGACUCAACAAGACUGUGUCGUAUGCAGUAGCUCUACGCUUAGUGCAGCAUCAAAAGCUCGCCUGGGCUGGUGUGGGCAGGGCCUGCAGAAUAACCAUAGGUCGUGUCCUGCUGUUUCUCUCACUCCCCGUCCUGAUCUGUUCUCUGCAGCCAUCCUCACAAGGGCUAAGUUGUUGAAUGAGCCCCAUGACUUCUCCUUAUAAACGCAAUGACUUACCUGUGAUUCUAGUCUAAUCCCAGGUUCAGAAACAAAACAAAAAAAGCAAGUGACCUGACCAGCUACUUUGCUCCCCUCUUCCUCCUUCAGGCAUCCAAACACGUCGAAACUUCAUUGGUAUUGUGCCCUGUGCCUCACCCAGGGGAGGGAGAAGUUUCUAGCAAUUAUGGCUUUCUUUUCGCUGCCUGGUGCUUUUACAGUACUACUUCUUUUUCUUUUUCUUUUAACCAAAAUUACAUUUGUUUGGUUGUCAUUGUCGAGUAUGUAUUUAUUGUGUUUUACAAACAUGAGUAUAUAUAUAUGUAUGUAUAUGUAUAAAACCAAACUUAUAUAUAAAAAGUCAAGGCAUGUAUACUAGAUAUUUUAAAGAGUUAUUUAUCAAGGGGAAAAGAUGUGUGUUAUAAAGUAAACAGAGUCUAUAUUUUAUAUAUAAUGUAGAUAGCAAAAAAUAGCUUAUAAAUUAUAGAAGGUUUUGGUUUUCUUUUUUUUAUUAUUAUUAAAGCAAAAAAGAAAAAAAAAAGACAAUGAAUGCAACUGUUUUUAGUGUUUUUAAGGCCAAACCUACUGUGGGAGGUGACCUUCCCUACUGGGCCCUGAGGCCAUGCAGUCUGAGCUCCAGACCCAGGAGCUGAUGCCCACUGUUACCUCUGUGAUGCUCAGGGGACUGUGGUUGGCAUUGCUCAACCAGCUGGUGGGUGCCACCUUACAUGUGGCCUUUUGCUGUCCUCCCCAAUUUGCAUUGGUGGGAUAAAGAAAUGGAAGCAGCAAAUAAAGAUUGAAGAGAAGAUACAA